AUGACUGCAUCUGGCGUCAUGGAGUUGAAACCCGUGUACAAACGGAAUCCAAGCUUUAUGACUGAUUUUGCAUCAUCUUAUACAUUUGGGUGUGUGCCGCCCAGCUGUCUAUGGGAUCCUGGUGGAAGGAUCCUGAUUCAAAUAGAUUCCAUGGAUUUGGAAUACAGUGGCAUAUAUAGAAUGUGCCAACUCUGCAAGCUUGACCUAUACCUAUUAUUACACUAUAUCGGCUUGUUCCUGGCAAUUUUUGCCAACUUGAAGCUCUAUAACCAAAAGGCUCUAUUGUUUACACACUGA